CAGGCUCAUUCUUGCUUUUUACCUGCGAUACCGCCCUUCUUUUCCGUCUAUCCAUCUAGGCGAACACACUAUCUCUCAUCGCACACUCACACGGCGACGACGACCACCCACACCGACGAAUCUAUAGCAUGUCGAACGAAGACCACUUCCACGCCGUCUACGAGGCCGAGAAACAACUCCGCGCCAAAUACGAAGCAUGGAAUGAAGAACUGCUAGCCGCGAACGCCACUCUACAGAAGAAACUCGAAGUCGAGAAGGCGGAAUCGGAGAAGAUGAAGGCGGAGUUGGAGACAGCGAGGGAGGGUACGCCGACGACGGAAGCGGGGCGAAACUCGGAAGAGAGGACGAAGAGGGAAGGGAAGAAGAGGAUGAGAGCGGUAGUGGAGAUCCCGGUGAAGGCUGCGAAAGUGAGUGGUGAGAUGACGGCGGGGUCGCGGAUGGAAGCGAAGAGAAGGGCGGCGGAUGAGAGCGAACUGGUGAAGUUGAGAGUGCAGGAGAGGAUUGAGUUGGACAAUCAGGUGAAAGACUUAGAGUGCGAGGUGGAGAGACUGAAGGGGCAGGUGGAAGUGAUGGUCGAGGAGAGGAGUGCGUUCGUGAAAGAGAUGGAUAGGUUGUGUACCGAGAUGGAGUUGCUGAAGGAGAAGAGAGACGAGUCAGCGAAGGAGAAGGAUCGGUUGCAGAACUUCAAGGAGGCUUUGGAUGGGGAGAACUACGCGCUGCGGGUAGCGAAGGAACAGGUCAUCGAGGAGAGGGACAGGUUAAGGGCGGGGAUGGAUGAGUUGAAAGUGAAUAGAGAUGAGCUGCUGAAGGAGAGGGAUACGGCGAUGGCGCAGGAGAAGCAGUCGCUCUCGAAGGUAAACGGCCAUAUUCUGGAGAUGGGAAUAUUGAAGGCCGAACGCGACAAGCUUGCAGCCGAAGUGGAUCGUUGGAGGCGGGAGGGGGAGGACCAGAGGCAGAGAGAGGCGGAAUUGGAGAAGAGGGCGUUGGAGGCGAGGAGUCAGGUAGCGGCGCUGAGGAAGGACGUGCGUGCGUUGACAGACGAGCGCAACGGGUUGAGGCAACGGAUAGGUGGCGACGUGAAGGCCGAAGACGUCGACGUCGGCCAAUUAACGAUGGUUUUGCAGGAGAGUCAGAUGCGGUGCGACGAGCUCAGCAAGAAGCUCAUGGACGCGGAGAAGACCAUUGCGGAUCUGCAGAACCCACAGAUAACUCUCAAGACGAAGAGGGAACUGGAGCUGGAGCAGGCGAUCAGUGCGUUGAGAAAGGAGCUUCAGACCACUAAACUGAGUCUGGACGUUAGCAUGGUCGAUGGGAUGACUCUCCGGCAGAACGAUAGGGCUAAGGACGAGCGGCUGCGCGAGUAUGAGGCUCGGUUGACCUCCGCGUACGAGCAGGGAAAACAUCUUAGCCAGCAGAUAGACCGGUUGGAGGCCCAGAAUGAAGAGCUCGUCGACCGGUACAGCGGAGAAGGGUCAAAGCGACGGCGUUUUUAUACGCCAGAGCACUCGGAAUAUGGUUAUCAUCCUAGGGACAGAUAGCGACAUGCUCGCGAACUUGUCGUCAAGAACGCAAGGGCGCAUCCGUUUUAGACCCGUCACCUCCGAUCGUUUUGGCCAACAGGCAACGCCCAUCGUCGCUCGAAAAUCGUUGUAUCGGUUCACGCCUAGAGGUGAUAUGCCGUUUAUACUUACUUUUGGCUCAGAUGCGUUUCUCGCUCGCUGUUUUCCUCGCAUGCCCUACUUAUUCUGUCCAGAUGCCCUCCGCAUCGUUCACGGAACUCCCUAUAUAGUAUAGGCCAUCAAUCUCUGUACAAUAAGGGGACACUUUCAAGCAGUUGAAUCCAGAUUAAUUAUGUUCCGAAUGCACCUCUUGACGAUCUGCGUGGACUCUGUCCCCUUGUGGCAUAAAUCAACCCAUCCAUCAAUAACUUUAGUAGACUGUGUAGGAUGUGGCCAUCCUGCGCACUGUCGUAUGGCACCUUCUCAGGGUUAUUGAUCUCAUGAUGGGUGUACCUGAAUGGCAACGCCAUGCACUGAUUAAAACCAUAGCGCUUGCAUGGGUAUAUAUACCCCAUCAUCCAUGCUGGUCGUCGCGACCUACCGUGGUCAGUCAUGAUAUUUAUCAUAAUAUCGUCGCUGUUGAUCUUUCUUUU